AUGCUGUUUCAUCUCCACAUAUCCAAACCACCUAAAGAUGCUGUUCAUUCUCUCCACAUGUCUAAACUGCCUAAAGAUGCUGUUCAUUCUCUCCACAUGUCCAAACCACCUAAAGAUGCUGUUCAUUCUCUCCACAUGUCCAAACCACCUAAAGAUGCUGUUCAUUCUCUCCACAUGUCCAAACCACCUAAAGAUGCUGUUCAUUCUCUCCACAUGUCCAAACCGCCUAAAGAUGCUGUUCAUUCUCUCCACAUGUCCAAACCACCUAAAGAUGCUGUUCAUUCUAUCCACAUGUCCAAACCACCUAAAGAUGCUGUUCAUUCUCUCCACAUGUCCAAACCACCUAAAGAUGUUGUUCAUUCUCUCCACAUGUCCAAACCACCUAAAGAUGCUGUUCAUUCUCUCCACAUGUCCAAACCACCUAAAGAUGCUGUUCAUUCUCUCCACAUGUCCAAACCACCUAAGGAUGCUGUUCAUUCUCUCCACAUGUCCAAACCACCUAAAGAUGUUGUUCAUUCUCUUCACAUGUCCAAACUGCCUAAAGAUGCUGUUCAUUCUCUCCACAUGUCCAAACCACCUGAAGGUGUUGUUCAUUCUCUCCACAUGUCUAAACUGCCUAAAGAGGCUGUUCAUUCUCUCCACAUGUCCAAACCACCUAAGGAUGCUGUUCAUUCUCUCCAUAUGUCCAAACCACCUGAAGAUGUUGUUCAUUCUCUUAACGUGUCCAAACUGCCUAAAGAUGCUGUUCAUUCUCUCCACAUGUCCAAACCACCUAAGGAUGCUGUUCAUUCUCUCCACAUGUCCAAACCACCUAAGGAUGCUGUUCAUUCUCUCCACAUGUCCAAACCACCUAAGGAUGCUGUUCAUUCUCUCCACAUGUCCAAACCACCUGAAGAUGUUCAUUCUCUCCAUAUGUACAAGCUGCAUAAAGAUGAUGUUCAUUCUCUCCACAUGUCCAAACUGCCUAAAGAUGCUGUUCAUUCUCUCCACAUGUCCAAACCACCUAAAGAUGUUGUUCAUUCUCUCCACAUGUCCAAACCACCUAAAGAUGUUGUUCAUUCUCUCCACAUGGCGAAUGCUGUUCAUUCUCACCUAAUUUCCAAAUCACCGAAAGAUUCUGUUCAUUCUCUCCAUAUGUCCAAACUGCCUAAAGAGGCUGUUCAUUCUCUCCAUAUGACCAAACCCCCUAAAUAUGAUGCUCAUUCUCUCCACAUGUCCAAAACACCUGAAGAUGCUGUUCAUUCUCUCCACAUGUCCAAACCGCCUAAAUAUGAUGUUCAUUCUCUCCACAUGUCCAAACCGCCUAAUGAUGCUGUUCAUUCUCUCCACAAGUCCAAACCACCGAAAGAUGCUGUUCAUUCUCUCCAUAUGUCCAAACCACCUAAAGAUGCUGUUCAUUCUCUCCACAUCUCCAAACCCCCUAAAGAAGGCUUUUCAUUCUCUCCACAUGUCCAAACCAACCUAAAGAGGCUUGUUCAUUCUCUCCACAUGUCCAAAACCACCUAA